GAAACGUUUCUAUUUUUUUCUGGCUUACUUUUCGCCCCAAAGCAAGAUUCUUGUCCAGGGCCAGGUUCCUCCCGUCUAGACCCAGCUACAAGCUCAGUUUCCCCGCCACCCAGUUUCGAUUUCCCCCACACGCCUGGCCAAGGCAGCGCACUCCUGAACCUGCCUGUGUGCUCCUUUUUCACGAAGGGAACUUCUCACAUUGACAUCCCCUUCAUUUUCCUCUCUUCUUUCAGUAUCCUGGCCACAUUGCCGCUGCGCAGCUUCAUCGUUGCAGCUUCAGAAAUACCGUCACCAUGGCUGAUGACCAAGACCCUCCAAGGCGCGAUGUCCGCAACCAUAUGCUCUUCGAGAUCGCGACUGAAGUUGCCAAUCGCGUUGGCGGUAUCUACUCGGUGCUUAAGUCCAAAGCCCCCGUCACUACCGCCGAGUAUGGCGAGCGCUACACUCUGAUCGGGCCUUUGAACCGCAAUUCUGCAGCUGUGGAGGUCGAGGAGCUCACACCGUCUAGUCCUGCGAUGAAAGAGACGAUGCAGUCGAUGAAGGAGCGCGGCAUUGAAAUGGUCUACGGUCGCUGGCUCAUUGAGGGUGCGCCGCGUGUGCUUCUCAUAGACACCGGCACCGGAUACAAAUACUUGGACGAAUGGAAGGGUGAUCUGUGGAAUACUGCCGGUAUUCCUUCCCCUGCUUCGGAUCAUGAGACGAAUGAGGCGAUUGUUUUUGGAUAUUUGGUGGCAUGGUUCUUGGGCGAGUAUAUUGCUCACGAGCGCCGUCGUGCAGUUGUUGCUCACUUCCACGAGUGGCUCGCGGGUGUCGCUCUUCCUUUGACCAAGAAAAGGCAUAUGGACCUAACAACUAUUUUUACAACUCACGCGACACUACUCGGUCGAUAUCUCUGUGCGGGUUCGGUUGACUUUUACAAUAAUCUGCAGUACUUUGACGUGGAUGCGGAGGCUGGUAAACGAGGCAUCUACCAUCGAUACUGUAUAGAACGAGCCGCUGCACACUCGGCGGAUGUGUUCACCACCGUCUCCCACAUCACUGCUUUUGAGAGUGAGCAUCUCCUCAAGCGGAAACCAGACGGUGUGCUGCCCAACGGAUUGAAUGUCAAGAAGUUCUCGGCGGUUCAUGAGUUCCAAAACCUGCACUCCCAGUCAAAAGAGAAGAUCAAUGAAUUUGUCAGAGGGCAUUUCUAUGGACACAAUGACUUUGAUUUUGACGAUACUCUUUACGUAUUUACAUCCGGUCGGUACGAAUUUCGCAACAAGGGUGUUGACAUGUUUAUCGAAGGGCUGGCGCGUCUCAAUCAUCGUCUCAAGUCCAGCGGAUCGAAGACCACGGUUGUAGCAUUCAUCAUCAUGCCAGCGCAGACCUCGUCACUCACUGUCGAGUCACUAAAAGGCCAAGCGGUUGUCAAGUCGCUUCGCGACACGAUUCAUAUGAUCGAGCAAGGCAUUGGAAAGCGCAUGUACGAGCGGUGUCUAGCCUGGAAGGAGGGUGACAAUAUGCCGGAUGAGAAAGACCUUAUCACCAGCCAAGACCGCGUCCUCCUGCGACGUAGGCUUUUCGCCAUGAAACGUCAUACUCUUCCUCCAAUCGUUACUCAUAACAUGAUCAAUGACUCCGAGGAUCCGAUCCUUAACCAGAUCCGGCGUGUCCAGCUCUUCAAUCAAUCUUCUGAUCGCGUCAAAAUCGUUUUCCAUCCAGAAUUCCUCAACUCAUCUAACCCAGUGUUGCCUUUGGACUACGAUGACUUUGUUCGUGGUACACACCUUGGAGUCUUCCCGUCUUACUAUGAGCCCUGGGGUUACACUCCCGCGGAAUGUACAGUCAUGGGAGUUCCCAGCAUUACAACCAAUCUCUCGGGCUUCGGAUGCUAUAUGGAGGAGCUUAUUGAGAACUCCUCGGACUACGGCAUUUAUAUUGUGGACCGCCGGAUGAAGGGCGUAGACGAUUCAGUCAACCAGCUGACCGAUUUCAUGUACAACUUCACCCUCAAGAGCCGACGGCAACGCAUCAACCAGCGUAACCGUACGGAACGUCUCAGCGACCUGCUGGACUGGAAGCGCAUGGGCUUGGAAUAUGUCAAAGCUCGGCAGUUGGCUCUUCGACGAGCAUACCCCUCGUCUUUCGACAACCAGGAAGAUUACUUUGACGUUAUUGGCGGGACAGAGCAGAAGAUAUCGCGACCAUUGUCGGUUCCCGGAUCACCACGCGAUCGCUCUGGUAUGAUGACACCCGGUGAUUUCGCAUCACUGCAAGAAGUCAAGGAGGGUCUCUCGACCGAAGACUAUGUUGCAUGGCGCCUUCCAACAAGCGAGGAAGAUGAUGCGGAAGACCACUUUUACCCUCUCACCCUUCGGACGAAGAAGUCCGACCGACCGUCUUCACCUCUUGACCGGAUAUCCAUAAACGGGGGUCAAUCCAGCUAGCAUGGAGUUUAUUCUUUGUUCGCACUCGCAUGUUAGCAUACUUGUAAUGUCCUGUCUGUUCAUAUUGCUUCGAACAAAGCUGGAGUUCCAGCCUAGUACAUUUGUUUUUAUAUGCCUCAAAUUAUACUAUCCAUUGUUCAUCACUU